AUGUCUGAACCAAAUAAUCCAUUUGCUGGUUUAUUGGGCGUAUCAAAAGUAAAACCUUCCAAUGAAAAUGAGUAUAAUGCUGAUGAUAUACCCAUACCAAUAAAUUUAAAAAAUUCGCAAGAAGAUGAGAAUUUAGAAACAAUAAAUAAUAUGGUGGAAAACAUUUUUCAUUUUACAAUAAAUUGUAAAGCUGUGGAGGACCCUUCGUCAGAUAGACAACUAGUCUUUUUAGAAGAGUUGGGACAGGCUAUUGCACCCAAAGUUAAUAUUGAUUUAGAAGCUUUAGAGCAAGCUCUCUUUGAGCGAUUGCUAUUGCAGGAUAUUCAAUCAAAUGUUAUUCCUAAAUCACUUAGAGUUUAUAAGGAGCAUGUGGUACAAAAACAAGUGUUUCCUUAUUUAUUUAGUUCUUUGCAGAACUUGCAAAGUUAUGAUCAAAUUGAUUCACAUGUAGUACAGAAUGCAUUACAAAAAAUGAGGGAAUUAAUAUUUAGGAAUGCAGUAACUGCAUUGAAACAGCCUGCUUUAUUUGAAGAUCAGGAUUUCUCCUUGCAACUUGUUGAACUUUUGCAACAUGUAGACCCUCAAAGCCAUACUUUUUUUGUAGAUUUGGUGAAGGCAUUUGUUGCAGAUGGCGAUGAAGAAUCCCAAAAACAAUUGUGUGAUACCAUGAUACCAGUCCUACAAAGAAUACACACAGAUGUGAAUAAGUCAAACAUAAUUAACUUACCAAUCUACAUCUUACCAUCAAUACAAAUAUUUGCAAGUAACCCAAACUUAGCACCAAUAUUGAUGGAGGCAUGUGAACCAAAGAUAGAGUCAAAUGGAAGGUUGUACCAAGAUUCUGUACUAGGAGCCUUAUUAAGCUUAUCUGUGUUGCCUAGGAAAACAAAUGCAUUACAUGAAUUCUUUGACAACCCUUUGGAUCAGGCUGCAACUUCUAUGGUGGAAAACUCAAUAUGGAAUGCAUCAUCACAUCUUGUUAAUAAUUUGCACAAAAUAUUUUUGACGCUUUUGAAAGGCGGACCACAGAUGAGAAACCGAUUGUUGACCUGGAUUGGUAAAUGCCUUAAAACAAAUGUAGCAAGGGGAAAGCUUUGGAAUGUACAGGCUGGUGAAAUUAGCGCAGCGACAUUAAGUUGUGUAUCAGAUGGUUUUAUGUUAAAUCUUGGUGCUGUAUUAUUACAGCUGUGUCAGCCAUUUUGUACCAAUCCUGAUGAUCCAAAGUCACUAAAAAUUGACCCUACAUAUGGUGCUGUUCCUCCAGAAGAAUGUGAAGCUAAAUCAGUACAUCUUGACUGCUUGCAUAGUGAAACGUGCUUAUUACCACCUAGAGAAAAUGAAGAAGCUCAACCAAUUAAGAGACCCACCGCAGACACCUACAAUUUUGUUACUGAAUGCUUUUUUAUGACGCAGAAAUGUAUAGACCUUGGGGUUCGAGUCUGUGCGGAAAAGCUUUACAGGGUUGGGCAGGAGCUGGGAAGGGCGCAACGCGCAUUAUCCGAUGUAGCCCCCAGCGCCCACCACUUACUCGAGCCCAUGCGCCAGAGAACACAACAUCUCAUGACUAAGUUUGUGAGUCUUCGCUGCGCGCUCUUGGAGAAUGAUAUGUUAACAAACCUCCAUCGCCUACAAGCAAUGACUUGCACUUGGCUAGUGCAAGUCGCAGUGAGGAACGACGCGUCAAAUACCAAUUAUGCACCCAUGACGAUGCUGCCCGUGCAAAUGCCUAUUACCACACCAGCUCCAGACACAUUGAGGUGUGUGCCCGAGUUUGUGUUGGAGAAUAUAGUGGUUUUGAUAACAAUGGCUCGACGGACUGUCGGAGCAAUCACUGACGAGGCUGAUACAGCUGGCCUACUCCAGCCUGCGCUUACACUUGUACUUACCUUCAUGGGGGAUUCCUCACGAACAUACAAUCCGCAUUUAAGAGCUCGUCUUGCAGAAUGUCUCGAAGCAAUGUUGCCAAAUCACCCUGAUGAUCAGAUGCCACUGAGUAAUCUUGCGUCAUUCUAUAGAGAGCAGCUAUUUAAGGAGCAUCCACAUCGAUUGCAGUUAGUGCCAUGCUUGUUGGACGUGUUUGUCGGUAUCGAAAUGACUGGUCAGAGUGUUCAAUUUGAACAAAAAUUUAACUAUCGCCGACCCAUGUACCUCGUUAUGGACUUCUUGUGGGGCAUGGAGGAGCACAAGAAUGCAUUUACAGUACUCGCACGAGAGGCCGAAGCUAACAUGGAAGCUGUGCACCCACCAAUUUUCCUGCGCUUUGUGAACCUGUUAAUGAAUGAUGCCAUAUUUCUCCUGGAUGAGGCUCUCGGGAAUAUGGCCCAGAUACGCACCUUACAAACUGCACAAGAAUCGGGUGCUUGGAAUCAACUUUCUGCACAUGAAAGGGAACAGAACCUAACGAACUUGUCACAUAUCGGAAUGCUGGCUCGUUUUGAUAACAUUCUUGGUCGGGACACAAUACGUACUUUAGUGAGGUUAACCGCGCACGCGCCGUAUGUUUUCUGUCACCCAACGUUGGUGGACCGCAUUGCUUCUAUGCUCAAUUACUUCCUUAUGCACCUCGUUGGGCCAAAUAAGAAGAAUUUUAAGGUAAAGGAUAUGAAAGAGUUUGAGUUUGAUCCAGCUAGUACUGUGUUGGACAUAUGCCGGAUGUAUGUAGAGCUUGGUAAUAACGAAAGGUUCUGUGCAGCUGUUUCCGAUGAUGGACGAUCCUACUCGCCUCAAUUGUUCACUUUGGCAGAAACUGUUUUAGUACGUAUUGGUGGAGGAGGGCUAAUAAGCUCGCUACAGGAGGUGGCAAACCGCGUCAGCGUGAUAGCAGAGCAAAAACAACGCGACGAGGAGAUCCUUGCGAACGCACCCGAUGAAUUCCUUGACCCUAUCAUGAGUACUCUGAUGUUGGACCCGGUCAUACUGCCCAGCUCCAGGACCACUGUUGAUCGUACUACUAUUGCCAGACACCUCUUAAGUGAUCAGUCUGAUCCUUUUAAUCGGUCACCAUUGUCAAUGGACCAAGUGAAAUCCAACACAGAGCUUAAGGAAAAAAUUCACUCGUGGAUUGCAGAAAAGAAGAUGAAAAUUGCUCAAAGUCCAGCCAGUACCUCUUAA